AUGAGUUCGGUGAAAUUAUUGUUGAAAUAUUCAACUGAAGUGCUAGAUACUUACAACUCGUUCACCCAUGGUGUUGAAGAACAUGUAGAAAGCUGGCUGACAAAGAAUAAGGUAUGAAUUAAACAGAAAGCUUGGUUAAUUUUUGAUGAUUAUCAAAUGAAGAUGGUACUUUGGCUGUCUUUGCAAGACGUCUUAAGACUUGAAGAGUGUUGUUCUUUAGUAAUUUUAAUUCACUCGUUGGCUCUAACCCAGGUAACAGAUGAAAACACAAGAGUGUUUGUGAUUGAGGUUUUCUCAGGAUGUGUCAGACAUCAAAGUAUUGUAAAGGUGUGUAUAUAUGUGCUAAAUUUGCAUAGGCAGAUUCUUGUCCUGGGCCACCUGACUGGAAAGUUUGGAAAUUGCGCGCCAGAGAUUUCGAAAAUUUAAUAGUAAAUAUAUAGAAAGCAUCAAAAUUGCGCGCUGGAGAUAUCCGCCGCGUGAUACAAACUUUCCACACUGGUGGCAGGCCAUUCAAAAAAAAAUCCCCCUAUGGAUGAGCUCAGUAAAAUUUGAACCCCCAAAGAAAAAAAGAUCAAAGUGCCGAUGCACACACCUCCUCAGAAAUUGGUAAAUUUUUCCUUACCCCUCAGAAAAAAGAGCUAAGAUCAAAGGAUGCUGAUGGCCAUAACCCCUCAGAAAUGGCUUUUUUGAACCCCCUCAGAAAUUCUUGUCCAUGGGGGGGGGGGGUGUGGACAUUAAAUGGAAUGACCUCCUGCUGAGUUCUGGCAGAGCCUUGUAUUAUUAAAGGCAUCCAAUAUAGCGUACGUAGUUACUAGCCAGUGCACUUUUGAGAAGUCUUCUCUGACUCUCACCUCAUUGUGGGUGUGAUUCUUACUGUGGACUUGUGACACUUGUAUGAAAAGAGUGAGUCAACGCUCUACCGAUUAGGGAAUGUUUACAGGAUUGGUUGGGAUUAAUCCCUAACUGGCACUUCCACCACAGUUGUGCUCUGUUAUCAGACAUGAGCACUGAACGUGAAUCAUAAGAUAGCACCAGAGGUGCCCUUAGAUCAAGCAGGUUUGAGCUGCGUCCUUUGCAAUUCAGCUUAGCUGUCAGGUCUGUCAGCUGCAAGUACGUUAGGAUAGUUAGCACACACCCACCCACAUGCUUACUCACUUAUACAGGUUGUUGUUGAUGCAUAUUAUGCAAAAGAUGGCAAAAACUGUCUUCGAACUGAUAAAAAUCUUUAUACAGGUACUGUUUCAUGAAAUUGUCACUAUGUAAUAUGAUACUUUGAAUGUUUGGCUUCCAAAAGAUAUGCAAUUCUUUCACUCGAGAAUUUUUCAUUGUGACAUUUUGUUGAUUAAUUUUUGUUCAUCAGUUUUAUGCUAUUUGGCUUUGUUCCGUUUGGACGAACUCGGGGUUGGUUAUUUUCGUAAACUGGUUGCGAACCAAGAUGUCAAUAAAAUGUUCAAGUAUCUUAGAUUUUUUCUCAAUGAAGAAAACAUUAAAACCUGGAUGGCUGAUGAGGUAAAGUAACAGAUUACUGUAGUGUAUCAGUAGACUAGUGCUUUAUGUUUGUGGGCUAGACUUGCCCUAUAUACCCCCAGACCCAACCUUGAAUCCCGACAAUAAUGGGUCAUUCCAGAAAACAUCCAUACCACCCCCACGGAGGAAAUAUCAAGUUAACCCCCCUACCCCCUUCGGAUGCCCUAAUACAUUUACUAUUAUCAGAAACAAUUUUUUCUCCCCUCCCCCUCCGGACGGCAGAAAUUUCCUCUGUGGGGGGGAGUAUGGAUCUUUUCUGGAAUGACCCAAUCUCAGUUAGAUUUGAUGGUAGCCUGAUCUGUAUGCUUACUGACAGUUUCUUAACUAUUUUUAGUGGUGCAAAUUGUAUGAUCAUACUUAUGUUGAGACAACUUUAGUAUCCACUUUGUUAAGGUAGUUUUAAUAUUUUAAUUUUUAUUUAAUUAUUUAUAUUAUAAAUUUAUAAUGUAUUUGAUCAUUGUGUUAUAUUUGAAGUGUACAUUCAAUAUUUAAUUGUGUUUCGGAAUGCAAAUGGAACGGCACAAAUGUAACAUAAUCAAGAACAUGUUCUGAUCGAGUGUGUUUUCUGUUAGGCAUGCAUGAAUUUCUGAGCAAUGCUGUGAGGCAGCUCUGUGUUGUACCUUGUUUGCUAUGUUCAAACAAUUGUCAUUUUUACAGCUGGCUUCCUGAACUUCAUGAUGUGGUUUUGUUAAAAUUAGAAGAGAAAAUUAGCAGUAGACAGGUGCCUGAACGAACAAGAAAACCCAACACUGGUAAAAUUAAUAAUUGUAUAUUUAAUUUUAGUUGACUGGCACCUUAAGCAAGGUGCACAAAUGGCAAUUUUAGUCAUGUACAUGUUAAAAUGAAGAACAGUAACAUCCAUAAUAGCUUGAACAUAAAAUGGUAGCAUGUGUGCCCAGCUUUAAAUUCUAAAUCUCAUGUUUGAUUGUUGUACUACCUUGCCCAAUUUCUACUAUCCGACAUAUAACAAUUUCUACUACCCAUUUCCUUUUACCAAAUUUCACACUAUCCAACAUUCUGUAAAAGCCAAUAUUCAUCUGUAAUAGGCCGAAAUAUGGUCAAAUGCCCACACCACAGACAUUAUGCGAAAUUGUAAUGUUUCCAAAACGUUCAUUUUGGAAAAUUUUAGAUAUCAAACCAUUCAAACUAACUCGGCCAAGGCCACGAAGUAUUCCUAUACCUGAAAAGGUUAGUUCAGUGCUGGAAUUGAGAGUAAUUUACUGUGUGUACUAAUUAUUUUCAUGUUAUAUUAAUUGAAAUCUUUUUAACCACAACUGCAGAUUCCUAAGUUGAAGCCCUCAAAACCAGUAAGUAUGUAUUUUCAGAUUAGUUCAGGUGCUGUUUACACUCUUCAUAUAGAUCAGUGGUGAGCCUAAUAUCAAGUCUGCCUUGCUUUAGGUACCUCAGACUACAUAUACAACACCUUCAGUCAAUACAAAGUUGGAAGAAGUCAGAUCAAAGAACAGGAAAAAAGCAGAGGUACUGUCAGUAUACAUUUAGGCACUUUGCACCUUUCCUUUCUGGCAGCAAAAUUCAACUCUGCUUGUUCUUUUCAUUCCUUUAGAGCAACUUACACACUGCCAAUUCUUCUCAAUUUCAAUGUGCAAACCCUCAGAAGUCAGAUAAAACUCAAAGAAAAAUGUAUGAAAUCCAAGUCGAGAAAGAAUCGAAGUAUGUACUCAUGUACUCACUUGAUAUUUUUGUUUCAAUAUAAUUGUCUUUUAAAGCGUUCUCGACUCACAGAUCCAAGAAAAACAAAAAAACUACUUAAAUAUCUUAAAGUUUGUAACCUAUCAUUUUUAGGUUAAAGUUUGAUUCCGGAAAAGCCAAUCCUGCUCCAUCUUUUAUAGUAUGUACAAUUAAUUUUAUUAAUCUUUAAUUAAUAAGUUGCUAUUUUUUUAUCAGCUGCUGUGGUUUGUUUGUGAACCACAAAAAAAAGAUUAUAAAAACAUCUUGACGAGUCUACAUUUUGUGUGAGGGGACUUCCUUGUUCAAUACCCUCCUCAAUUUAGUACUAAUGAAAGUAGUACACUAGCUUACUCAUUCGAUCUAGAACUUACACAAAUGCACUGUUCUAAAAGUGUUGACCACCUUCUAAUUUCAUUAGCACGACAAUAUUCCAAUCAAACUGAAUGCAGCAGCUAUCAUGAGGGAAGGACGGUUGUAUCAAAAGAGGGAGAAGGAUGAGGUUAAAAGGUAGAAAUAAAUUGUUCUUCAAAAGAUAUCUUUCAUGCCAUCUGACUUUAUUUAAACCAUAUUUAGUUUUGGUGAAAGUAUAGCCAAUUUAUACUCAUGGAGCUGGCCUAUGCCGAGGCAGCCAUGGGCGUCUGGUGACUACCAAGCCAACCAAAACUAGUAACCUGAGGAGAAGAAUGGUUACCAAGUUAGUGAUUGGUUUAAAUCUCAUCAUCCUUAUUUUCUUCCUUUUUUUCUAGACUGCUUGAACUAGAGAAAGGUGGUAGAGAUGCAUCCGACUUUUAUAAAUGGCAGGAAAAUAUGAAGAAGGUACCUCUAUUUUAAUAAGAACCUUACUGUAACAGAGAGAACAUUACUUUAUUUAUAUAACUGUAAUUAUGAAAUGUGUGGAUAAUAAUUUGGUCCUGGAAGCUCUAAAGAAACCUUCUCAAUUUAAGCAAAUGUCUUGAAAGGGAAAAUUUACAGAGGAAAGAAACGUCAUUUUUUACGUAUUUUAUUUCUACAGAAAGAUAUGGAUGAACAGCUGGCAGAUAUUGAACGAAGAAGACUGGUAAGCUGGAAGUUUAAUAAAAAAUACAUGAUAGUGGAGGGCUAUAGCCUCUUACCCUCCCUGGGUUUGUAAAGUAAAAAAGAAGCCUCUCUAGACUUAAAGCCCAAGCCCCACUCAUAAUUAUCAUUUAGUGGUUUAAAAAGUUGUUGGUUGAUGGUUUAGAUUUUGAGACUUUGAGGUUUCUGGCAGGAAAUACCAGUUUAGAGAUUUUAUAUUUUAACCUUUUUUCGGGAGCCUCUCCCCGAACCCCAUUAAAAUUUAUGUAGCCAACCAAACCAAUCUUCUGCAAUAUAUCCUAGAGCCAACCAAUGACUAGCUUUUCAUGUAACACUCGUACAAAUCUCCGUAAUUGGUUCAAUACAGUUCACAAGUGAUAGCUGGGAUUAUAUGUGGAUGCUUCAAUAGUACAUCUUGUUCGUUUUCACAGGAAGGGUUGUUAAGUUAUGAGGACGCAAUCAUGGCAAGGCAAAAUUUAAUCAAGGAAAACCAAAGCAAAGUGGCUGAAAUUAAGGAGGAGGUCAGUUUGAAUUUGAUUGAGAAUAACAUGAAACAUAAGCAGCCACGAGUGAUGUCAUGAUUAUUUUUAGACAAGAGAAAUGAUCAAGGAAUAUUUAGAAAACAAAUUUAAACAAGAACAAGAUAUGAGGUAAGCAUUGACCAGCUUGGAGUUGGAACUCGCAUAUAGAGCAUUAUAAAGCUAUAAAGUAUAGAUAAAAUACGCCCAUACUCGUUUGGUAAAGUUAUAAUUGCCUGAGUUUUUCCAACAGACGUUUGAUUGAAGCAACGAUGCAAGGUCAUGAGAAUACGAAGGAGGCAAGAAAACGUCUUCAGGCAUAUAAACAGAAACUUGGUAUGAAUUUGAUCCAGUAUUAUAAACGAAUUCUGGACUUUUUCUCGUGUCCAUUGUUCAUUAGCACAGUUUUAUAAAUGAAUUCUGUGUUUCGUGUUUUUCCAGUUCAAGAAGUAAAUAAAGAAAGUCAGGAAAUAAUGAAACGAGCUUUGGAAGAAGUAAGUUAAGAGAACAUUUCUUGGUCAUGUAAAGUAGGUAAUUGCACAUUAGAGGAGCAGUAUUCAAAAUUGGUUGUUCUUUACUCCGACUCCUAUGGUGAACAUAUACGUAAGGAAACUACGGAAACUACUAUUAUAGGAACUAAAAAAGGAGAAAUAUUAUGUGGGACACAAUAAAAGGCGAGGAUAUAUGAGCGAGAGAUUGAAAACGCGCGAUGUUUCAAUUCUAUUUCGAAGCAUCCUUAGAGAUACAUGAAAAACUACAGGGUACAACGAAAACUUUGUCUCCAGCGAGACCAUGCCCCCCCCCCCCCGCACACUUUUUCGGUGGAUAAAAAAAAAUUAAAAUUACCGGAUAAAAUCCAGCCUGCCUGCCUGGCAUACCUCCCGUGCUAUCCUCUCUCUCCCCCACUUUUAAACAGGCUCCGCGGUUCCUGGAACUCCCAUCUUGGGAUUUCUAGACCACCGCUUGAGCUAUAUCGAGUCAAUGGGGAUUGGUAGCGAGUCUAGUUUCAUAUUAUUUUGACACUCAUUGGUUGGGUCAGCACUUGGUUCCAUCUACCAAACUGGCGUGACGUCAUUUUCGGAAGAUGGAAAAGGUGUUAAAACAAACCCUACCCCUACUCUGACCCCAACUCUAACCCUAAACAAAAUAAUAAAAUAAAUCCAAAAAGAAUGAACGUUAGAAAUUGAUCAAAUGACAUAACGUCAGUUUGAUGGUUGGAAACGAGUGAAAACCCACUGGGUGUUUGCUUAAGUGAUUUAAAUCUAAAAGUCGUAGUCCUUAAUUAAUACGCGGAAUGCUAGAACUUUUUUGUCUCAUCUAAUGUGUUUGUCUUUACAAAAAUAUGUUUCGUAUUUUUGUAGGCGGAAGAAGAGAUGCGUCAGAAAGUGGCGUUAAUUGCGAAGAUUAGAGCGAUUGAAAGUGUUCCUGUUAUCAGGUUUAAGGUGAGUGUACACAAAGAAGAUCGACGUCAAAGAAGAUCGACGUCAAAGAACUUAUCAUCAUGAUUCAAUGAUUGAACGUUUUAAUAUUUUGCAUUAUAUAGUAUGUUGAUCUCACGGAAACAUCUGGUGCUGGACUUCUUAAUGAAAUGUCCAUCACAGAGGUAUUGUCAUACAGUCUUCCUGUUUAAUCUCCAGGGGCCGGUUGUAUAAAACUCUUCAUCACUUUCUUAAUCAAAUACGCGCUUCUUAUUGGAUGACGUUUCCACUAAUUAGAGUUAACGCUUAACUUUAAUCACUUUUUUAUACAACCGGUCGCGGAACUUGCAGGAUCAUCUGGUAUCCUAUUAUGAUUCACAAAUAUAUAGAUAUUAACUGUGAUAGAGAACGUUGAAAUUCAGUGGUGCAACAUUAUAUAACAGUUUACCACGUGCGACCAGACAAUCAACGUCAUUAAGCUCCUUUAAAAUAAGAGCCUAUAAAUACUUCUUAGAUACUUAUAUAUAAGUUAUUUGUUUGUACGACUUUUAUAUGUUUUUGUUGUACUGAUGUCCAAUUUAAUGUGUAGUUUUAAUAGUAAAUUUGUAAUAAGUAGACGAUAACAGUUGAACAGAAGGCCCAGUGUAAGAUUAGCGUUGCUAAACUGGUUUUUGUAUAAUUGCACCUUCUUUAAAUAAAGUUUAUUAUUAUUAUUAUUAUUAUUAUAGAGCAAAUCUUGUAACAUCUAUGUUUUUUGAAAGCUUUUUGUGCAAAAAAACACAUUUGCUUGAAAUUUUUAUCGAAAUAACUAUCCAUAUGAUCUUGAUACGCGGAAAAGUACUGGCACUAGUUGUCAAAUAGAAAUCCAUUGUAUGAUUAAAACAACUGAAUAUCUCCUGUAAUAUACUUUAUUUCAAUUCCAUAUUUUUGUCAGAGCUGUAGUUCUCAUAACCAAACAUAAUUACAAAAUUUCAAGUAGUUUCAUAAAGAAUAACGAAAGAUAUAAUUGACUGAAUACAUCAAAAUGGAUUUCUAUUCGGAAAACCCUUUCUGAGCGCUGAUUGGCUAAAAUACGAACACGAGAUCACCUGGUAUCCAAUGUAUUAUAAAAUAAUGUAUAAUAAAACAUUUUUUUCAAUCGGAUUUUGUGAUAUCCGAAAUUAUCAAGGUCUCGGGCAAGCAAUUUUUAUAACCAACUUGCCAUGAUCGAAGUGGUGAGAAAUUUCAGUCACUGCAUAUGAUUCUUCUCACUGAAGAUUCACUCACUCAUUUUCAGUCACUGUCUCAUUUUCAGUCAUUUCCGCAUUUGUCUCUGUUGUAGUUAAGAGAAAGAUUGAGUUUAUUGAAAACUGCCGAAGAAGAAGAACUUGAGAAGAAACGAGAUGAUAUCCUUAGAUCUAAAGUCGUAAGUUGAUGUUUAUGAUGAAUAGAAGAAUGCAUUACUCCACAAACAGCUAAUAUUCUAGCUUUUCGACCAGUGUACAGUAUGUUGUUAUACUUGCACGUCAUAGAAAAAAAUGGCAAAGCACAAAUUUUGUUCGUCUGACAGUUUUAUUUUUCAAUUGUAUAGGAGAAAGACGAAAUGUUAAUGAAGACUUUAGCAAAGAUAUCCAAGUGUAGAGAAGAACAAGAGAAUCAAGCUAUGAUGAGGUAAAUAUCCGUAAAACUCGUCUCCACUGUGCAUGUUUCAUAGCAAUGGUGCUAUAUAUAUGCUCCUCUUCGGAACCACUCGCAUAUUUUGUCCGUUGUUGAAUCACAAUUAUUUCCCGGGUCCAGGAGUACAUUUUCUGCCCUGCCUACCUCUCCCCUUCAUCUCAGAAGCCCUAUUAACCCAUUAAGCGCCAGUGCUCUCCCCUUGACGAGUAAAAUCGCCUGGCGUUAGACAGAGUAAAGUAAUAAAGUAGGGCGCAUCAGGGGGCAAUGCGACUCAAUGGGUCAAAAUCCACUAUUACAACCAAGCUUUGGGGUUUUAAUCUAUACUGUGCUUAUAUGUUUUAUAUAUUCUACGUCGUUUUAUCCUUAUAGACAGCACGAAAAGCGCAAUGCAGCAAAACCAGAAGUAAAUGAUCCGAAAGUUGACGAACUCAGACAAAAAUUAGAACAAAGACGAGCAGGUACAGUAUAGGGUCGUUGUUCAGUUUUGUUCAGUAUUGUAUCAGUUGCUAUUUUCCGAUAAUUUUCUAAUGUGGCAUUGGUCGAAAAAGUAAAGGCUCACAACGACCGAUACACUUCGUAAACGUUCUAGAUUUUCCUAGAAAGAAAGAAUAACGCAAUUUAACUAAAUCCUGGAUGAAACGAAGAUGAGAGUGCAUGAGAGUUGGCAGUCACGUGACCUUGGUUAUACAAUUACUUUAUGGUUUCCGUGUUUGGAUGGCCUGAUCCAAACACGCGGGAAUGUUGCGAGAGUUAAGAAAAGCGCGCGAAACUUACCGCUUUUCUUAACUCGAGCAACAUUUGCAAGUGUUUGGAUCAGGUCAUCCAAACACGGAAACCAUAAAGUAAUUGUUUUAUAAAAUAACAAGUUUCCGUGUUAAAAUUUCACUUUAAAAAACUUUCACUUUAAAUUUCCGUGUUUGGAUGGCCUGAUCCAAACACAGGUUUCGACCAAUCAGAGCACGCGUUAUAUACAUGUUAUUUUAUAAUAGCUGUUCUUAAUGCUUUCCCAACACUAUCAUGUAUUUUAUUUAAGUUAAAAUAUAGUUGGAACACUCAUUAAACCUUUAUUUUGUGACUGCCAACUCUCAUCAACUCUCAUUCUCGUUUGACCGUGCAGGGGCUUAACAACAAAAUCUAAAAAUUGUGUGUUGUUUGAUCUGAGUUGCUCUACACCGGACUGCGAAAAAUAAAAUUAUCUUGAAGAGUUCUGAUUUUAUUUCUUUAAUAUGAAUUUCUCCAGAACGUGAAUCGAUAACUCGACAGUCUUCUACCACAAACAAACGUCGUACUUUACAACAACAAGGAGUACUAAGACAAGAAAAGGUGAGUAAUUAUUCACAUUGUUAUAUUAAGAAAUAAUAAAAAAUCCAGUAUUAAGGUGUUUACUUUAUUGUAAGGUCAAAAAAAAUAUGUGGGUUCCCGACCCUACCUAGCUUUUGGACGUCGAAAUCCCGACCCUAAACUUUUUUAUUGGAUCAUGGUUGUAAGUGUUUCCACUUAGAGGAAAAAGUUUGUGGAAAAUUGAAAUUUGAGGCAAUAUUAGGGAAAUUUAUCUUUGGAUGUGGAAGCACUGACUAAACAAAAUGGCGUCCGGUUGUUAGGAAAAUUUUAAAAAAAAGUUAAAACCGACCUACCCUACCUAAGUUUUUAUAAGAAGAAACCGGAAACCCACAUAUUUUUUUUUUGCCUAAGUAGUCAUAUCAUUGAUCUGAAGACUCAUUUUCUCGUGCGCAAAUGAAACAAUUAAACAUUGGUAAUAGAAGACUGUUAUUAUACUAAAGGACAAAAUGUACGAGGUCGAGAAAUCUUUUUCUUUUUAAUACAUCGUCAAACUUUAAAGUACCGCUAAUCGCAAAUAGAUACUGAAUCCAUUUUUAUAUGCAGAUCAGUGACUCAGAUGUGAUUUCCGAAAGCGUAGAUUUGAUAUAAUCAUUCUCGUUCAUUCAGGCACAGUUAGAAAAUAUGAAGUGGACGGGGUUAGAAAAACGACAUGAGAAAACUGCGAGAUUGAAAUCUAGAGGAUUGCUGACACAAUAA